AUGAGCGACAAGAUUCCUGCAUGGAAUAUCGUCCACAAGCUAGAGAAGGGCUACCUUCUCGGCGCAGUCAACUGUGUCGCUGCCCUUUCUAUUUUGUUUUUUGGAUAUGACCAAGGCAUGAUGUCUGGGGUCAAUAAUGCCAAGGACUACAUUGAUCUCAUGGGAUUUGGCUACACUGAGAUGGUGGAUGGAUGGCCCACCGCCGUCGUGACCAACAGUCUGUUGCAGGGCGGUAUAGUCUCGGUUUAUUAUCUAGGCACGCUGUGCGGGGCCCUGCUGGGUGGCUGGAUUGGUGAUCGCAUUGGAAGAGUCAAAUCUAUUGCCGUAGGCGCGGCAUGGGCUAUUCUGGGGGCCUCGCUGCAAUGCUCUGCCCAGAACCACGACUGGAUGAUCUGCGGAUCAGGUCUGACUGAGACAGCACGUUUUAUCAAUGGCAUUGGUACCGGUAUUUUGAAUGCGAUUGUCCCCGUGUGGGCGACUGAGACUGCCGAGCAUACCUCGCGAGGACAAUUCAUCGCCAUUGAAUUUACCCUCAAUAUUUUUGGUGUCGUUCUAGCUUACUGGCUCGAAUUUGGUCUCUCCUUCAUCGAUGGUGGUGCUUCCCCCAUCCGCUGGAGGUUCCCUAUCGCCUUUCAAAUCAUUUUCCUGUUGAUUUUGUUCGGGGCUGUCUGGUUUUUCCCGGAAUCUCCUCGAUGGCUUGUCAAAGUCGGUCGAGAGGACGAAGCACGGUACAUCUUGGGCCGUCUGCGUGGAAACGAAGGGAACGACCGUAUACGGGCAGACGCUGAGUUCCACGACAUUCUCAACAUUGCAGAACUGGAGAAGACCAUGUCGCACAGCAACUCGUAUCUGUCCAUGCUUUUUGGGUACAAAUCCGGGGACCUCCAUCUCGGACGCCGUGUACAGCUUGUGAUAUGGCUGCAGAUCUUGCAAGAAUGGGUUGGUAUCGCUGGUGUCACUGUUUACGCUCCAACGAUUUUCAGCAUCGCAGGUUUCAACUCGAUGAAGAGUCAGUGGAUCAGCGGACUAAACAACGUCUUCUACAUGUUUGCUACUCUUAUCUGCGUCUUCACUCUAGACCGGAUCGGCCGUCGAUGGACUCUAUACUGGGGCUCUAUAGUUCAAGGGAUCGCCAUGUUCCUUGCCGGUGGUUUCUCGCGUCUCGCUAUCAACGCUAACGACGCUGGAGACACCAGCCACGCCGCCUCUUACGGCGCCGCUGCGGCGUCCAUGAUUUUCAUCUUUACUUCAACCUUCGGCGCUACCUGGUUGACGGUCCCUUGGUUGUAUCCCGCCGAGAUUUUCCCCUUGGCCGUUCGAGCCCGUGGAAACGCCUGGGGGGUGGUAGGUUGGAGCAUCGGAAAUGGAUGGUUGACUCUUCUAUGUCCUGUCAUGUUCGAUGCGAUUGGAGAGAAGACUUUGUACAUUUUUGGGAUCAGCAACGUCAUCACUCUCCCCAUGGUAUGGGCAUUUUAUCCCGAGAGUAACCAGCGCACGCUCGAAGACAUGGAUCUGCUCUUCGCCGCCAAUACACCCUGGGUGUGGGAUGCUGAACGGACCUUUGCCCGCCUCAAGGCCGAGAAUCCCGGCCUGGUGCAAUCAUCGAGUCGGAAGAACAGUGCCGUGGAUCCAGAGAUCGGGAAGUCGUUGGCUACGGAAGUUGCAGUAUCGGCAAACCAGGCGAAGAACGAUGAUGAGGCCACCGGCGCGGAGCAUGUUGAUCGCUCGUGA